UUUUAUUUAGACUAGAUAAUGCACAAACACGUCGAGCAUCAAUAGCAAAUCCACCAGCACGACCAACAUCAGCACUUGGUUUUCGUCCACCACGUUCAACACGAACUAAUCCCUUAUCAACAACAAUGACUUCAUCUAACUCAAAUUUAAAUAAUACAAAUGUCACAGCUGAAUCAACCUUGUUAGAUGAGAAUGGUUUACCGCUUGUUGGUCAUUUACUUCCUUUUACACCUGAUGUUAUACAAGUAUUUCAAGAAGCAGCAAAAUUAAUUGAAGAAUCGGGUGAAAUAAAAAAACAAGCUAUGAAUCAAAUAAAAGAUGCAUUCAAUGAUGCUAAAGCUUAUUCGUUGACUGUUAAUCAAAGUGUUGCUCAGAA